AGUCCCCUCGACUACCGCUACUUAGAUCGCGCGCAUAGAAGGUAACAAGGGCUCUCUCUCUUUCCUUUUUCGUCAUUUCAAACCAGACAAGAUGGGGUCGGAAAAUCAACAUGGGAUGAAACACAGCUCAGCUCACCAAGGAGGGACAUAUAGUCACGCCGUCGAACGGCGUUCCAGCAAGAAGUCAUCCUCGAAAGACCGCCGUGGCAUGGUUGUUAAUCACGACAGCUUCAGGGGCACGGGCAUUCGCGCUGUAACGCCAGAGUCUGACACUGACAAGCAAUAUCCCUUAUACGACGCCGAAUACGUCCCAGGUAGCGACGCUUCUUCUCCUCGCGCGACACACAGAGCCAGAACCGUCGAUGGUGACCGUCGAGAAUAUCAUUUCCCUCACUCAGUAGGGGAUGAAGCUGAAGCGUCCAAUGCCAUGAACGGGCGCGUACGAUCACGGACAACGACGACAAACGAGGAGCGGACGGAAAUGCCCCCGAAUAAUGCAACUCUCCCUUGGCGUCGCUUUGGAUCUUUCCACACCUCUGGCUCCCAGGUCAGAACUCCAGACGAGCAGCCCAGCACCAUGAGUUCCCCUGCCACAUAUUCACCCAAUUCUUUCAGCGAACGGCCACGGCCGGGUAAGCCACCUGGCAUGCUCAUUGGCUUGAAUUCCCUUAAUGCAUCAUCGUUAACAUCCCCCAUCUCGAAUUCCGAUUCUGCAAAAAUCCUACAACUCAUGAAGACUACCAGUGGACGCAUGCAUGGCGUCCUCUCCUUCCGAACUUCUAAUCAGACCGCAUGGACAUCCGGGGUCUGCGCCAUCAAUGUGGCAACAGGCAGCUUGGUCUACCUAAUCUACAAGGCUAAAGGAGAACCCGCAUUGACGAAGACCUUGAUUCCCGAUUUACGUGGCUGUCGGGUGCGAACCCUGUACGAUCCGGACUUUCAGAACAAUUAUCUAACCGUGUCCACCUUCACGUCGGGCCUGGGAGUCCAGUUGCGGCCUCAUGUCAGUGAAACAUUUGACUCAUGGCUCGCCGCAUUGCUCUGUUGGCAGCCAAUUCGGCCAAGAGGUGUGCGGAACAAGAUGACCAAGCCCCAGCCGGUAGUAAUUGGAGAGCGGCGUUUUCCUGACCGCCAUCGGCGCAAUUCCGAAGGUGCUGUGCAAAAGGAUGCGGCUAUCAUUAAGGUUGGGAAGAUGAGCCUCUGGGGUAAGCCAACCGCUUCCGGAGCACGGCCUGCUUCGGGUCGCCAAAUCUCGUCGUCCCGGCAGCAACGGGCUUUGAAAUCUUCUUGGCAGAGGGUCAGUUGCACGCUGCAGGAGAACGGUCAUUUCAAACUGUUCACUGAGUCGGACGUCUCGCUCAUAAACUCUGUUCAACUAUCUCAAUUGUCCCGCUGUGCCGUGCAACAACUCAACGCGUCGGUCCUCGAGGAUCAAUUCUGCAUUGCCAUCUACCCCCAAUAUGCGGCGCAUGCGAACGUCGAUCCAUCCCAGAUCCGUCCGAUCUAUCUCUCAUUGGAGAGUCGGGUGCUCUUUGAAGUUUGGUUUGUUCUUCUGCGGGCUUUUACUGUCCCUGAGCUCUAUGGCCCUGAAUCAUCCGUAGAGGAUGACCCAGGGCCUGUCAACCUCCAACCAGCGCCAACACCACCGCCGCCAGCCACGACAUCUACGACGGACAUGUUUCGUAUUGAGCGAAGCCUCACGGUCAAGGUCACAGAAGCCAAGCUGUUCCGCACCAGGGAAGACACACCCCACAAAGGCCGAAAACAAUCGAGGUCACAGGGACAUUCGGCCACCGUCAGGUCCGCCGAGGGUGAUUAUUAUACCGAAGUCACGCUGGAUGGAGAGAUUCGGGCCAAAACCGCCGUCAAGUACCGCACCACCAAUCCGUUCUGGAGAGAAGAAUUCAUCUUCCACGACCUUCCCCCCGUGCUUUCUCAAGCCUCCCUUCUGGUUAAGACGCUCAAUCCAGCCCAAAAAGAUUGGACACUCAUCGCCCAUGGUACAUAUUUGAUAAGCCAGAGCCGCGAUAUCAGCACGGUACCGUUGGAUGAUGUCGAGGUUUGCGCGCACGAUCUUACGUAUGGAAGGGUGGAACUGCGGCUAGAUGACCUGGAGCCGGGCGUGGAAACAGAGAAAUGGUGGCCGAUUCUGGACGACAAAGAUCAGCCAGUGGGUGAAAUGCUGAUGCGAGCUCGGAUGGAGGAGACUGUCGUGCUCAUGUCUCAAGAGUAUGAGCUGAUGUCAGAACUCCUUCACUCGUUUACCAAUGGCCUCACAGUCAACAUGGCACAGAUCAUAUCAUCGGAAUUGAACCAGCUGUCCGAAACGCUUCUCAACAUCUUUCAGGUUUCAGGCCAGGCGGUGGAAUGGAUUUCGUCGCUCGUGGAAGACGAAAUCGAUGGAGUUCACAAAGAAUCGACCGUCAAUCGCCUGCGGUACACUACACGCAUCCACUCGAAUGAUGCCAGGGAGUCCAACCAGGAAAGAGAAUUCCUGGUCCGGGAUCUCGGACGGACUGCUACGGUAGAGGCAAAUCUACUCUUCCGUGGGAACUCAAUCCUAACAAAGGCGCUCGAUUCUCAUAUGCGGCGGCUUGGGAAGGAUUACCUGGAUGAAACGAUUGGAGAUCGGAUACGCAGCAUCGACGAUGAAAAUCCCGAGUGCGAGGUCGACCCGUCUCGCGUCCAUCGGUCGGAUGAUCUCGAGAGGAAUUGGAAUCACUUGAUAUUUCUCACAACGGGCGUUUGGAAAGCGAUUGCCAACUCCGCCUCGCGGUGUCCCCCUGAACUCAGGCUCAUAUUCCGGCAUAUCAGAGCCUGUGCGGAGGAUCGUUAUGGUGAUUUUCUUCGAUCGGUCACGUACAGCAGUGUUUCUGGUUUCCUAUUUCUACGGUUCUUUUGUCCAGCCAUUCUAAAUCCUAAGCUAUUUGGCUUGCUCAAGGAUCACCCUCGUCAACGUGCUCAGCGUACAUUGACUCUGAUCGCCAAGGCCUUGCAAGGCCUGGCUAACAUGACUACGUUUGGCAGCAAAGAACCAUGGAUGGAGCCGAUGAACCGUUUUCUGAUCGGCAAUCGUUCUGAGUUUAAACAGUUCGUGGAUUCGGUCUGCGCAAUACCCGCUGACCGCCCGGCUCCAAUUGUUACUCCGUCCUACGCGACUCCAAUCCAGAUUCUCGGCCGAUUACCUCCUACCUCGCGCGAAGGCUUCCCUAGUCUCCCAUUCUUGCUCGACCACGCCCGGAGCUUCUCCAACCUCAUUCGGAUAUGGCUUGAAGUUGCACCGCCCCGAUUGGCUGAGUUAGAGGAAAUUGACCCCGUGCUGCAAAACUUCCACGAGACAGCAGUACGUCUUCACCAACGGACCAAGGAAUGCUUGGAUAAGGCCGAGGAUGCAGAACGGCCUAAUGGGAACCUUGUGAACAAAUGGGAAGAACUGGUAGAGUCGAUGGAACGAAGUGCGACCUUUUACGACGACGCCAACUCGAGCAUGCCCGCCACCCCAGCGGCCGACACGGCCCUGGCUUCCUCUGCAACCGUCACGAAUAAUCACCGGAAUUCAAUCGGAUAUUUUUCGCGUCCUUAUCUUCCACGUCAGUCGACUGAUUAUGAGCAGCAACAGCAGCAACAGCAGGUCGACGACGAAACCCCUCCCAGCUCCUCAUCCGCAACCUGGGAUACAUCCCGAGUGCCCUUUACCAUUCCCAAGUGGUCUGAGGCACGGGACAGUGCUUCGAGCUCCAAAAACUCAUCUACUUUUUCCCUUGACUCUCCGGAGACCACGACCAAGAGUGGCCGUCGGUCCAGCAUCUCCAGGGAAUCAUCGGGCAGAUACCGGGGCCUCUUUGAAUUCCCGCGGCGCAAAGCCAACAAAGAGCGGGAUCAUUCCCAACACCAGCCUCGCGAGGAAGUUCGAAAUGAAUCUUUAUAAACUCUUUUUCUUGUGGGCGGAUAUCUUAUUUAUA